AUGCACUUCACUGCUUCGACCAUUGCCAUCCUGGCCCUCGCCGCCGGUUCCCAGGCUGCUGUGCCCAAGAAGGGCGAGCCCCCAAUCUUGAACCACAAGUCCGUGAUUCCCCAGGGUACCGGUGUUAGCACCGGCACCCACCCGAUCAUGACCGGCACCGGCGGUGGCAACCAGACCGUUACCGUGACCUCUGCCUGCCCCAGCUGCCCCAAGUCGACCGUCCCCGUCCAGGUCCCCAGCUCCACCCCCGGUGCUGCCGUCAGCUCUGCUGCUGCUGGUGCUGCUGCCUCCUCUGCCGCUGGUGCCGCCGGUGCCGCCGGUACUCCUGCCGCCGGAGCUGGUGCCGCUGGUGCUUCGGGCGCUGCUGCUGCUGGUGCAUCGGGUGCUGCUGGCGCUGCCGGGCCCACCUCCAGCCCCGGCUUCACCCCUCCAACCCGGCUACGCGACAAGUGGACCUUCCUCAUCCCCGUGGGUAAGAUGGGUACCCUCGAAGACCUCAUAGACGCCGUCACCUUCCUACUUAGCGACGCGUCUAAGUAUAUCACCGGUGCGGACCUCCGCGUCGACGGUGGCUACACCCUGACAUAA